UCAGGUAAAGGUCCAUCACUGUCUCGCGUGGUCAAAAUAUGGGGUGAUAGGUUCAAAGUACGAGCAGGGCAUUUGCUUCCCGCAAACAUAACAUUGCACUAGCAGCGGCUGAGAGUGAGACCAAUUGAGGAAUUUGACACCUUGCCAGACGCCAAUGAACGGAGGGAAUGUAUGAGAGGAAAAAGUACGAGAUUUGGCCGCCGAUAGUAAUGAAGUUCUUGCCAUUGACAACUGUAUAACUAUCCAUGGGCCCCGCGCCGGAUGUAAGUAAGUCUCUGCUACUCCACAACCAACGACUGAAACAACUUCUUCUAUUCCAUCUGAAAGUCAGUCCAUGUGGACCAAAUCAGUAGAGUAAUAUGGCACCUCCAGAGUCCCCCGACACGACACCAAAAGUCUGUUAUAAAUACAUAUGGGCCGAAUUCGUGGCCCAGUGGAAGCUCGAAAACGACCUCCAAGCAUCAAAGGCCGGCUAUGUUGAUCUUACAGACAACAAAGAGUUGAAGCCAGAAGCUGCGACCGUCUCCGGAUUGGCCGAAACCCUCAAGCCGGUCACUGGAGGCGGCGUCAUCCCUCAAAAGCCUGGACACUUCAACGUUGGUAUUGUCGGCGCCGGCUCAGCUGGACUAUUCACAGCUUUAGCCAUUGAUUGGAUCAACGAUACCAUCGCAAAAGAAAAGGGACCCGAGCACCUCAACAUUACCUACGAAAUCUUGGAGGCUUCGGAUGAGGAACGAUUCGGGGGCAGGCUCUAUACCCACCGCUUCAGCAAAGAUGGCGUGCACGAUUACUACGAUGUCGGAGCCAUGCGUUUCCCUAGGAACGCGGUCAUGGACAGAACCUUCAGCCUUUUCAAGAUGUUGGAUAUCAAAGAGGGUAAAUUGGGCGACCGCACGCAUGUCGACGAUCCUCCGCGACUGAUCAAGUAUUACCUGAACGAUGACAAGAAUGUUUGCCCUACGCUCUUCAACAACGUUCGAAAGGUCGGCAAUCCAUACCCGAAGGAUUCAAAAGAGAAAGAUCCUUUUGCACUCAAUGUGGGCAUUGCGAAAGACAAGCAAAUUCCAGAGAAUCUUCUGCAAACUAGCCCAGGCGAGCUUUUUGAGGAAGCAAUUGGGAUUUUCAUUGCAUACAUCAAGAAGUAUCUCGAUGCCUACAUCGACAAGAAGACCCCGAUGCCUCGCGCAGCUGAGGAGAAGCUCUGGAAAAUCCUGAUGAAGUGUGAUAAGAUGAGUGUCCGCCAGUUCUUACGCACGAAGGGGAAAGUUCCCGGCUUCCCCAAAGACGAUGACGUUCCCCACGGCCCAGGCUUGAGCUACAACACCAUUCAAUGGUUGGAGACUGCCACUUACGGCACUGGCUGGUACGAUCAAAGUCUGACCGAGGCCGUUCUGGAGAGCAUUGACUUCUACAUCACCGACGAUCCCACCAAGACCAAAGAGAUUAACAACAACUGGUUUUGCAUCGACGGCGGUGCUCAAAAGAUUGCGGAAAAGAUGCGCAAGAAGAUGAAGAACCAAUCAGCCAUCAGAUUCAACACUCAGGUCGUGGGAAUGGAUGCUAACCUGCAACUCAACGAGCGAGUUACCAAGUCCAUGACCGUGAUGCUCCGGGACAGUGUCACCGGUGAAUCUCUGCGUCCAAGAGACUACUUCACGGUGUUCAGUUCGGCAACUUUAGGAUCGAUGAACCGAAUGGAUCUCUCCAAAGCUGGCCUGCUCUGGGAUACCAAACAAGCUAUCCGCUGCUUAGGCUACGGAGCUUCCUGCAAGGUCGGCAUCAAGUUCAAGACCCCCUGGUGGCAGAAAGAGCCGUACAACAUCGAUCAAGGUGGCCUUGCCCGUACAGACCUGGCUCCCCAAGUCUGCGUUUAUCCUUCCUAUAACAUCAACAAGGACGUCGAUCCACGGGACGAGCCUGCAGUUCUUCUCGUCUCCUACACCUGGGGACAGACAGCCCAGCGCCUGGCUAGUCUUAUUGCAUCGAAGUCGCGCGGCAAAUCCAACGCAGACAUACUCAAAGAAGAAACUGAGCUGAAGGAAGUCAUGCUCCGAGAUCUCGCAUUCUUGCACACAGAGGACCAUAACGACAAGAAAAAACUGGAUGCCACUCUGGAGGAGCUCAACAAGCAGUACAUGGAACAUCACGCCUAUGACUGGUACCAUGAUCCCCACAUGGCGGGAGCAUUCGCCUACUUUGGCCCUAGCCAGUUCAGUGAGCUGUACCCGGCCAUCACCAAGCCCAACGCAGGUGGUCAACUGUACUUCGUCGGCGAGGCAGCUUCCGCACACCACGCCUGGGUUGUUGGAGCGCUCGAGAGUGUUGUACGCGCACUCUACCUGAUGUUUGAUGCUCUGCACCAGGGCAGUAGGAACGACCCCAAGAUGAAGGACACAUACCAGGCAUACAAAUGGGCCAUGGACCUUCUCGAGUUCGGUUACAUCAAGGACCAUCCAGCAAAGGGGGAGAAGUCGGCAGCACCGACAGCCGCCCCGCGUCCUCUGCCGUUCUUCCCACUGCCUGCAGAGAUGCCCCGGCGCCGCAGAAGUUUUGGUAACCUAAACCUCAAUGAGCCUGAUGACUCUAACGACAAGGGCGAGUUCAAGACUGUAGGGGUUCAACCAAUAAGUGCUCGGUCUGCGACAACUUCCGAAAGGCCUCAUGAUCUUUUGAUCAGAGAGAGUGCUCGGUUUGACGCCCUUUCUCAACCUCCCGCGGAAACCAAGAGCGCGGAGGCGGCCAGUUCUCCGAUCAGAGGGGAAUUCUCAGAUCAUCCUGCCGUGAAAGGCACUGGAGAGGUGCAACUCACGUAUGGCGCCGCACUUGUUGCUCUGAGUACGGUCGAGUCGGCCAUAUUGACUUUGGCCGAAUUGACGGGGGAUGAGUUGAAAGAUCAGUUACAGAAGAUAUCGGAAGAAACGGCUCUCUAGUAAUUGGCACUUU